GCGAGUUGGGAUGGGGAAGGCGCAACCAGUGGAGUAGAACUAAGUCUUCCUCAUAGGAGCGGGUAACUGUGUACUCUGACACGUCAUCCACUGCUGACUGGGAGCGUGAAUACCGUGAGGGAGUGCACAACUCGGGCCGGCGCACCUCGCGGUGGGCCACCCUAUCGCAACAAUCCCCAUCGCCUACAUCCGGUCUGCUGUUCGAGACGGACAACCCAGGACAAUCCGACCGCCACGAGCAAGCGGAUGAGACCGGCCGCUGCAGCUUGUCCAUGAUUUCUAAGCUUUCAUUGCAAUCUCUGGUCCAGCUUCCCAUGAUACCUCGCGGCGUGGACCUGAAUGCGGUGGAUCCCGAUAUCCUCGGAUUAGCCAUGGAAGUUCUGAGCAGGGUGCAGGACUUUCAGGAGGAGAUCUCGGAGGAUGGCAGAAAGGAUGUCCAGAUGCCUUCGCAGCCAAAGGUUGCGAUGUAAGCACCUGGCACGGCGUAGACGGACGGAAUUGACAUGUAUAUAGGUGAGGAUAGUCUCGUGGAGAUGGAGAGCAGGGAGGGUGCAAAGACACCUCGGAUGGACUCGUAGUAGCUAGACAAAUGUGCAAGGGACUGUAUUCAACUACACGUCCAUUAACAAU